AUGGCAGACGCAACCGCCGCUCGGGCCUUCGCGCCCCUCCGGGCGAAAGCUGGCGAGGCGACAGUCACGUACUCGUUGGAAGGCAAUCGGCAACUGAAAUGCAUUCUAAGGAAACAUCCCGCAGAUGGCAACGACGAGGGAACUGUCGAGAUCAUCUUCGCCUUCCAGGGGCCUGUAUUCGGCCAACACGAACAAAAACAACUCUUCAUGCACUGGGGCGUCGGCAAUCACGCUCAUGAAUGGUAUGGCCUGGCUGAAGAUCUCCAGAGCCGACUGCGGUCUUCGUCCGAAACACAUUUUCCGUGGGGCGCUGCAGAGACCGCCUUCCCGUCCCCCAGUUCGUCGCCUCCCCCUGUAGUGACACUCUCGUUCCCUGAGGGUCUGGCGCCUGCCUACCUUAGCUUCCUGUUUCACACGCAGUUCAACGAGUGGAUUCGGCAACAAGGAGGCGGCAAUCUCGUGUUGGCUGUUCACCAGCUUCUGCAGCAAAACGAGCAACAAGCAGCCUUCCUAGACACCGUCAUUGCCUCAAAAAUCGCGUCCAUGAAGAACGCGGAAAAUACGUCUCCGCCCAUGAUCCCAGAAAAUAUCGAGUAUUGGAAGGUGCCCAUCGGUUCCGGAGUGGACAUUCAGUUGGUUGCGCUGGCAUAUCACAACGCGAUGGCGGCGGCGCUGGAGAUCUUCUCAGAUUUCCCCGCCGCUCUCACGCUCUACUGGAGCGGCGCAUCAGGCGCUCACGACUCAUGGCACGCGCCGUCGCCGAACAGCCUCUUGGGGCAACCCGGAGUCCUUGAAUGCUCGGACGAAUUGAGAAGCGACGCCGGCAUAGCUGCGCCUGACGCAUCACCCGAUGGCGUCGAGAACUCGGAGCGCGAGAAAGCUCGGAGAGACAAGGAACAACUCGAGGCCAGGAGAAUCGCGUGCGCCUUCGGAGGGUUCGCCAGCUAUCCGCAGGACGGAAAAGCUUACUGGACACAAUUCGAGUUUCUGUCGACGCCCGGCUCUCAGGUGUCGCUCCAGCGCGUGGCCUUGGUGAUUUCCGGCCAGGAAGUACCCAAGGGAAUCGUCUUCCUCGUGCGCGAGGUGAAGGCCGAUCGCUGGUUCAAGGCUGUCGGCGGUGGGAACUUCUUCUUGGCCUUGCCGACCCACAAAUACUGGGAAGUCCUCAAGGUCGAAGAGGCGAAACGCAGACAAGCCGAGCAAGAAAAACAGGAGCGCCUCGCCAAACACAUGGCAGAGAUGUUCGGCGAAGCAGUCAAACUCUUCGAGGAGGGAAAACCUGAACGGGAGCACAAAGGGACGCUCUCGUACCAUUGCGUGACCCUCCCAGACGGUGUUGGCUUCCUGGAUGCCUACGUGUACCCGAACGACGCGAUAACUGAGGUGUAUGUACACUUUACCGUGUGCACGAAGGUGCCGUGCGUGCUCCACUGGGGGCUGUUAGACAUUAUGGGAACCGCGCAGACCCAGACCGAAAGUCGCUGGGUGACGUGGCAAAAGGAAGGUCUGAGUCAGGAGGAGUUGGAGAAGAAGAGGGAAGAAGAAAUCCGCAAACGCAUGGCUUUCCGCGGUGCGCCUUCGCAGUGGAUUUGCCCGCCUGCAGAUAUGCGACCUCCUGGAACAGUUCUCGUCGACCCCGUCAGGGCUGUGCAGACGCCGUUCCAAGAAGGGAAGGCGCAUCGUGCAGGCCUCGAGGCGGGCGACCCAGGGAGCAGACUCCUGGGCCAGCUGACGAUUCGCGUUCCCGCGCACAAAUGCCCGCGGAUCAAUGAAGAAGAUCCUGGCGUCGACACUUUGUUUGACGGAAUCGCCUGUUGCCUCAAAGAAGUCAACGGCCAUCGAUGGUUCCGCAGCAGCGACGGCCGGGACAUUCAGAUCCGUUUGGUCGAGUUUGGCGCGGCGGUGUACAAGGGACUGAACGCGGAAAUUGUGGAGAAGAUUGUGGAGGCGGAAGUGGAGUGGCAACACAUGACGCUGAUGCAUCGCUACAACUUGAUGCGGUCUUUCUUGGACGGAUUCAACAGCAAGCACGGGAUGUCUCUGCAGAGCGUCGAGGGCUGCAAGAGGCGCGAGGCGAUUGUCGACGACCUCGCCCGCGACUGGGUGGAUCGCCACUACACCUCGCCCGAUCUGUUCCUUCCCUCCACGUUCACCCCCCCGCCCUUGCCCGAGGUCUCGCCGCUCCUCGAAGAUUUCAAGUCGCUUGGAGCCGCCGUCGUCGAAGAGGAGCGCGACUUCUGGGCCUGGUUCUACGUCUGGGGAAGAUUCGCCUUCCUCGGUCUGCUCGACUGGCAACGGAACUACAACACGAAACCGCGAGAACUCGCCUCCGCCAGCGCACAGCUCACGUUCGCCACAGCCCGCGCGUGGCGCAGGUACACCGAGUACCGCCCGUACAUUCGCGAGUGCCUGACCACGAUGGGGCGCGGCGGCGCUCAGGGCCAAGCGAUUCGAGACCGCAUCCUCGACAUCAUGCACAAACACAAAAUUCCAGAAGCUGCCGGGAACUUCUACGAAGAGUGGCACCAGAAACUCCACAACAACACCACCCCAGACGAUGUCGGCAUCUGCGAGGCGAUCAUCGGAUACCUCGAGAGCAACGGCGACCUGAGCACCUACUGGCGCAUCUUGGAAGAACACAACAUCACCCGCGAACGCCUGGCCAGCUACGAACGAAAAAUCACGCAGGAGCCGUACAUGGUGCAUACCAACAUUGGCGAUUUAAUUCACGAUUUCCGAGCCUAUCUCUCCGUUCUCAAAGACGUCCACGACGCCCUCGACAUCAAGAAAGCCUUCGAUUACGCGCGCCAGUAUCUGCCGCAAGACGCGAUCGGGAUUCUGCAGGGUCUUUUGGAUGAGCUCGGAAAUCAGCGAUCGCAGCAGACACAGCUGACUGCGAACGACGCCAUGCGGCGGUUCGCGAAUCUCGCCGAAGCCAGAAAGAAGAUCAUUUUCACUCUGAAUCAAGGAGGCGGUCUGGGCGACGACGGCAACAAGGUGGAGAUGACGCGCGAACUGCUUUUCCUCGAUUGCGCCCUCGAACAACAGGAGGGUGUUCUCAUUCAGGGGCAUUCUGCGAACUUCUCUCUCCAGCAGUUGGUUGUUGUUUUGCGCGAGUUGCUUCUCAGCCUCAGUGCACACCAGCCCGUCAGCCUCGAGUUGCGGUCCAUGUACGCCGACUGGGCUCACCUCGGAGAGGCGUUGGCCGCAUGCAGCGCAGAGGGUGGAGGGGCGGCAUGCGCAUGCGUCCGCGACGCUCGGGAGGCGGCGCUCCUCCUGAAGGCUCUCACAGACCGCGUGGUUCGUUUCGUCGGCGGUACCGUGGACAGUGUGCAGGAGGAGUUGGGCAGCAAGGCGGUCUACUUGGGAAACCAAGAUAAGGUGUUUGAGACUCCCACGGUGCUUCUGUGUGGAGCCGUCAGCGGCGAAGAGGAGAUUCCGAUCGGCGUCCAAGCAGUUCUCGUGCGCUCCGCGGCUGUCUCUCCCGACAUCCUCUCCCACGUGGCUGUUCGCGCGAGAAAUGCGCACGUCCUCGUCGCCGUUUGCUUCGAGGCGAAAGUUGCGGACAAGCUGGAGAGUUUCAGUCAGCUGUGGGUGGAGAUCCUCUGCGCGAAGGACGGGAGCGGUCUGGAGGUGCGUGAGGCCUCGCGGCCGAACGCAGUGCUUGCUCGGCGCGCGAGCAAACUGUUCAACCGGCGCGCGUCCCAGGAGCUUUUCGACGAAGCGUCUUUGCUGGGUCGAGGCGCCUCCUUCGUGGAAGAGGCGCAAAGACGCCGCAUGCGCGCCGGCAGUUUGUCGAGCGACGUGGACGAAAAGCGAGAAGCUGUCGACUCGGACGUCCCCGACGACGAGGACGUGAUGCAGCUGAAGAAAGUCAGCAAAGAGUGGUGCAUUCCGAUGAGCGAGUUCAACAAAACGGUUGUGGGCGGCAAGUCGAACAACAUCAAGAAGUUGACGGAUAUCUUGGAUCCUUCCGUGCUGACGCCGCGCUCCGUGGCGCUGCCGUUUGGCUGCAUGCAGAAGACGCUUUCGGAGGCGCCGAACACGGCGUUGCUUCCCGAGUUGGUGGAGACUCUCGCGGAGCUCUCGUCGAGCAGCGGGUCCGAUGAGGCCAGGCGCAUCUUUGCCAAGACACGGGAGAUUCUCGGCAAGGUCAGCGUGCCGCCGGCGCUUCUGGACGGCCUGAAGACGUGCAUGCACCGCGAAGACGAAGAAAAGGCGCAGAUGCGAGGCUCAGAAACCGACACGAACUUGCAGGCUCUCGGAAGACGGCCUUCGCUCUUCGAGCUGUGGCAAACCAGCGGCGAGGAACGCUGCGCUGAGGCGAUCAAAGCGGUCUGGGAAUCUCUCUUUGGUCUCCGACCCUGGGUCAGCUUAACCAAGGCAGGCCGAAAGUACUCCGAACUCAACAUGGCAAUCCUCGUCCAGGAGUUGAUGCCCGCCCACUGCGCCUUCGUCCUCCACUCAAAAAAUCCUUUCUCGGACGACGAGAAUGAAAUGUACGGCGAACUCGCUCUCGGCCUGGGCGAGGCGAUCGUGGGCAACUACGCUGGACGCUCUCUCGGCUGGCGCAUGAAACGAGGCGCAGAUCCCGUCGUCGUUGCAUUCCCGAGCAAAAGCGAAUGCCUGAUUUGCCCUCCCUGUCUCAUUUUCAGGUCGGAUUCGAACGGCGAAGAUUUGGAGAACUUUGCUGGGGCUGGGUUGUUUGAGUCUGUACCGGCUUUCCAGAACCGCGUGCAGCGCGUCACGUACUGGAACGCGCGCAUCAUCACAGACCGUGACUACCGCAUGCGGCUGCUCAAACGCAUUGGAGAGUUGGCCUUCACGGUCGAAGAGAAGUACGGGAUGCCUCAGGACAUCGAGGGCGUCGUGGUGGGUUGGGAGACGGUCGUUUUGGUUCAGACGCGCACGCAAGUCUAA